GUUGCGCUAUGAAAUGUUGGACGUGCAGCUGCUGUCAGGACUGAAGCUGAUGUCGCUAAUGUCGCUAAUGUCGUGUAAAUAUCCACUCAAGUGACACGUAUAUAUCAGAAGAUCACAGCACGAUGCGUGAGCGGCUGCUGGAGUAACUGUGUGAUUUGUGGAAGUGUGUGUGAAGCAGGAGCGUGAUCCUGAUCUUUCUGAAGUGCCGGUAGAUUAAGGUGACUAUGGCGUCCGGCCUGAAGGAGGCAAGCGGAGAGACCUACGUGCUUUCGGGAUCAAACAGAAUGAAUGGAGUGAAACCACCAGGAGCUGCAGCCAUGCCACAAAACCACACCAGCCGGCUGUCCCGAGUGACCAGGAUGGCCUUGAAAGUGCAGGACAAAUGUGCGGCGUAUGUGUUGGCAUUAAGGCCAUGGAGUUUUAGCGCCUCCCUCACGCCCGUGGCUCUGGGCAGCGCUCUGGCGUAUAAACUGGAGGGUUCAGUGGACGUCCUCAUUCUGCUGGUGUGUGCUGUGGCGGUUCUGGUGGUCCAUGGGGCAGGGAACUUGGUGAACACCUACUAUGAUUUCUCCAAGGGAAUCGACCAUAAGAAGAGUGAUGACAGGACUUUAGUGGAUCAGAUCUUGAAGCCACAGGAUGUAGUGAUGUUUGGGGCGGUGUUGUACUCGGCCGGAUGUCUGUGUGCUACUUUGUUGUACUUCCUGUCCACACUGAAACUGGAGCAUUUAGCUCUGAUUUAUUUUGGAGGACUGUCGAGUUCGUUUUUAUAUACUGGAGGCAUAGGACUGAAGUAUGUUGCCCUGGGUGACGUGGUCAUCCUCAUCACCUUCGGUCCUCUGGCCGUCAUGUUUGCUCACGCUGUGCAGGUGGGCUACUUGUCCGUUUUGCCGCUGGUCUAUGCCGUACCGCUGGCUCUCAAUACCGAAGCCAUCCUGCACAGCAACAACACCCGAGACAUGGACUCGGACAAGCAGGCGGGCAUCGUCACCCUGGCCAUCCUGGUGGGGCCCACGUUGUCUUACGUCAUCUACAAUCUGCUGCUUUUCGUACCGUAUUUGCUCUUCUGUAUCUUAGCCACACGCUAUACAAUUAGCAUGGCUCUUCCGCUGUUAACGCUACCCAUGGCCUUCCCUCUGGAGAGACAGUUCCGCCGGCAGUGUUACGCCAAGAUCCCUCAUAAGACUGCAAAGCUCAAUUUGCUCAUGGGACUCUUCUAUGUUUUUGGGAUUAUAUUGGCGCCGCAGGGUAGCUUGCCAUUAUUGUGAAAGAACUUUUUGUUUUAAAUAAUAUUAGAUUCUUUUUGUUAAUCUAAAGUUGAAAGACUUUAAUUUAUUGUUGUUAAUAUAUUUCAAGGUUUCAGAGGCUGUCAAAGACAUCAGUAUUGUAAAAGCAGACCAGUUUGUAAACAAACACAAUGUCACAACUUAUUUACUAGUGAUUAAAAAGUUUCAGAUAUAUUCAGGACAUUUCUCAUUAUUUCAUUUUUUUUUUUUAAAACAUGAACAUAAACAGUUUUUUAAUCAUGAUGUUUGAUUUGGCAUUUUAUAAAACCAAGAAUAGCAUAUUCCAUGUAAAUUUUCAAGUACCAAAUCUUGAGUUCUGUCUAAUACGGUGUCUCUGAACAUUCUUCCAAGACUUCCAAAAAUGGUUUCUUUUCUGCGUGUACUUUGAAAAAAUAAUGCCUUUAGGAAACUGAAAAUGGAGGUUUCAACCUUAAACGAAUUAGUAUGGAUGUGGCCUCAGUGUACCUUAAAAGGUCCAAAGUAUAUGAGGUAUAAUUAGUAUAUGCUGAGUAUUUUCAUGAGGGAACAUUAUCAGUAAAUAAUUAUUUAGUUAUAGUGCCAUUGACAACAGUGUGUUGGUUUUUGCCAAAGCCAUUCACAAAAUAAAUGUACCACCCUUAAAUCUCCUGAAUUUAUGGUGUAGAAUGCUUCUCAGUAUCUCAUGUAAAGGGCCAUUUUAAAAUAUGUAUUUUUAUUUUUUUUUCUAAAUAAAGGAUAUAUC